AAAGAAACAAGUAAUUAAUGGUGACAGUAGUGAUCAAGGUGUAAUGUCGUCAUCAACAUUAUCGUCCACUUCAUCCUUAUCCAUAUCGGCUAGUAAUGUUCAGCAACAACAACAGCCACAACAACUUCUACAACCUGUUCAAAGUCAGGCAGUUGAAGAUAAAAAUAAAUCGAGCAGUGGUCAGAUCAUUAUAUCAUCGCUGCCAUCAGUGGGAGCCGAAGAGAGUGUGACCGUCGUCCGAAUGAGGAACAGACCACUUUCUCAAAUUCAACAACAGGCAAGAACAAAUGGUAUUACACCAGAAGCGAAUGAAAACAACAAAAGUAGUUCACUUGCGGUGCUACAGCAUGGUCUUGAAGUGCUCAACGAAAUGACACCGGAAGAUGAUGGGAAUGACGAGAUUCGAAGAUUGGAUUCGCAAUUGGACCAUUUGAAUCAUUAUAUGGAUAAAGUUGAGGAAAGAAUCAAGGUACACAAUGAAAAACUGAUGGAUACUCUGAGACAUAAGAGAGAAGAACGCGAGAAAAGACGUCGUUCUUUUCAUGAACGUAUUGCAUUGAACCAGCGAGAAGAUGAUGACUUUCAACGACAAAUUUCAACUCUCCUAAGUCGUGUUGACAUAUCGAAGAAUCGCGCAUCAAUGUACGAUAUUAUCAGUCAAAUGGAAAUUCCAAAAUCUAACGGGCAGUAAUUUUUUUGGAAAAUUUGAUGCUACAGUUGCUGGGUAGCAAAAAGUUAACGUGAGAUACUAUUUUAUUAUUUUAAGACAUUUUGAAAAGUUCAUAUAUCUCUACUCAACAGUUUAUAUCAUGCUUAUAAAAUAACUUUUCUUGUGUGAAACAUUUCAUAAUUGUAGCUUU